AUGGCAUCAAAGGGGGCCGAAAGAUUACCUCUGCCGACAAGUAACGCGCGCUUGGCGCGGCAAGUCCUGCCUUUCUCUUCAAUUAGUUCUCGAAAUCUGAGCAUGGGAAGCAACGUUGCUCGUCCUGUUGUACAGGAUGGUCGGGGACUUGGUGUAGACGAAUUGAGCGCAAGGGAACUUGGGCUUGAGAACAACCUGAAAUUGGCAGAGGUCAACACCCUCAUCGAUUAUUAUAAGCAAAACGACCCAGGGAACACCGGCCUCACCCCAGAAGAAUUCAAAAAGGCAGCCGGCGAAUACAUCGCCGAUGGUUUGACUAUUGAUCCGACUGUUAUAUUCAACAUCUUCAAUUCAGGUCAAGGAGAUGUCGCAGGCAGAGUAACCCUUCGCGAAUUCAUCCUGGGAUACGCUAUUCUGUGUCGCGGCUGUACCGAGGGACGUCUCAAGUACUUGUUUGCGAUUUAUGGUAGCGUCGAAGGCGAUGGAUAUCUAACUCGUGACCAACUCAUUAGCUCCUUGAAGCUAAUGCAGAGAAUAGUCACUGAGGUCACGGAUCAUGAAGGCAUCCCAGAUGAAGAGGAAAAUGAUAAACAAAUACGGAAGGUUGCUGGCGAACUAAUUGCAGCAUCUUCUGACACGGACAACAUGGGUAUUUCAUAUGACGACUUCAUUGAGAAAGUGAAGGAGGCCGAGGUCGUUACGCUUUGGUUAGAAAAUCUAGGUUCCGUCGCUGGUCAACAUAUGAAAUAUAUAGAAAAGAAAGAGCUCGAUGUUGUGGAGUUGCGCAUGGAGCGUCAAGGAAUGCUCUCUGUUGAUUCCCAGACUCCAGUAUCUAAUUCUCCGAGCAUGGAAUGGUCUAAACCAACAUUAGUCGAGGAAUCGAGGGCAUCUGACCCGUCGUCGGCAGAGAGAAAGAUUCAAAUUCCGCUUCCCAAGAAGCAUAAGCUAGUGCGACGGGAUGUUAAGUCCGGGCGCGAUUCUCGAGGUAGCCUGAAUCGAUCCCAGGCUACCGAAGAAGAAGACUGGGGAAACGUUGAAAUGUAUGCGGCGAAGCCUUUCGUUAUCAACUACGACCAAGUUCAAUUCGGGAAGGUACUGGGGCGAGGAGCAUGCGCAACUGUGUACGAGGGCGUGUGGUUGCACAUCCCGGUCGCUGUCAAAGUGUUCAACGACGGUCACGGAGAGGCUGCUGGCAUCGAAACACUUGCGACCUCUGACGAGGAGGUACGAAAAGAUGUUGUGGGUGACUAUGUUGAAGAGUUUUGGCUGCUGCUGCAAAUUCGUCAUCCAAACUGUUUGCUAUACAUGGGAAUAUGUUUCGAACCCUAUGUUUGUAUUGUGACGGAACUAUACACGGGAGGAUCAGUGGCUAACUUUCUACAUGGACCGAAUCCGCGAAAGUUCACCCCAGCAAAAGCACUGGACAUGCUGGCGGGUGUGGCGAGGGGCAUGUUCUACCUUCAUGCAUCAUCCCCGCCGAUUCUCCAUCGCGACUUGAAAGCAAGCAACAUUCUUAUCAAUCGAGCAUUAACGCAUUGUGUCAUUUGUGAUUUUGGUUUGAGCAGUCAAUUUGUUAACGAAGCCUCAGGCCUGAACUUGUCGAAGGCUGGUGGAGGAGGCAAAGCGAUGGGAGUGGGAACCCCGUACACCAUGGCACCAGAAGUCAUGGAAGGGAAAUCUCAUACGCCAGCUGCUGAUGUCUACUCAUUUGGGGUAGUCAUGUACGAAAUGUACACGGGGCGUUUUCCGUUUCCAAAGAUGAAACCGAUUCAAUUAAUGUUCAGCGUAGCAGAGGGGCGCCGUCCCAUUUUUUAUGAGGAGGACAACGUACCUCAAACCAUGCAGGUCUUGAUUCAAAGGUGCUGGAGUCAAAAGCCCGAAGCAAGACCAAAUUUUGAAGAGAUUUUGCGAGUUCUGUCCUCAGCAGAACUAGAAGAUGAGGUUGCGAGAAUACAGAACGCCGCACUCGAUUCAGGCGAAGAGACUGAUGACGAUCAACAAGAGUUCGUGAGCAUUGACCUGUCCAAGCGCCUCCUUGAGGCUGUGUAUCGUGGUCAUCAAGACAAGGCUGCACGAUUCAUUGACGAAGGGGCUAUGGUAAAUUAUGCUGAUUACGACAAGCGCACAGCGCUUCAUGUAGCUGCGGCGGAGGGCCACACAAAUUGUGUGAGACUGCUCCUUUCCUCAGGGGCGAUGCUAUCACACGAUCGGUGGGGCAAUUCUCCAUUGAGUGAUGCUAUUAACUAUGCAAAUCGAACGGGUGACAGCGAGCCCGCACGGAUUCUGAGGGCGGUCGAAGGGCGAAGCCACCUUGUGAAGAGAGCGGAUGUUGGCGAUAAUGUGGAAAAGGUUUUGAACAAGGACCAGGCAGAAAAUCUAAGGAAUCAGACUGCUAUUAAUGCAGCGGCAGAGGGUGAUGUAGUAACGUUGAAGCGUCUACUGGACUCAGGACUGGACGUGAACUGUACAGAUUAUGACAGGAGGACACCGCUAGCAGUUGCAGCUUCAGAGGGAAGGUUUGACAUUGUAGAGCUGUUGAUUCGGCAUAGGGCAGGUGUAGGGCAUCGAGACCGAUGGGGAUCGACUGCAUACCAUGAAGCGGAGCGUGGAGGUUUCCACGAUAUCAUCCGGCUCCUGCGACAAGCGGAGGCGGAGACGGCUUCAAGCCCCCGCCGAAUACGUGCGAUAAGGAGCUCACCGGCAAUAGCGACAAGAUCUGGAAACAUUGCGAACAGCGGCUCUUCAGCAUUGAGCGUAACGGGUCGUGUAAAUACCAACUUACCGGUUUCGUGCAAUCGGGGAAUUGAAGAGGGCUGGAAGCGGUUUGUUCGCUCUCCUUGUUCUCGUUGAAACAGAUCGAAAGGAAUGCAGCUACAUUUGGA